AAUAAUAAUUCUGAAGAAACUGGGAGAGGAGCCAUUGAAAUAUAGGAAGGCAAGGAACGAGUGCAUUGGGGCCGCUAGCAGACCCGGAAAACACAGAGGAGAGAAGUCACAGAAUUUGAGAUUUCAACUUGGUGCCAUGUCCCAAGGAGGGUAUUUUGAGGGCAGCGAGCAGCGGCAAUACCAGGCCCUGGAGAUGCCCCCUGCCAGGCCCAGCGGCACAGACCUGGGCCCCCUCUGUGAGUCGGAGCUGGCCUCCUACAUUGGAGACGAGCAGCUGCUCUCGGAGCUGCUGCAAGGGGCCGGGCAGAGAGGGCCCAAGCCAAGCACCCCCUUCUCCAAUUUCUUCCCUGGGGAGCCAUACCCCUACUUGUCUUACGGAGGGGAGCGCAAGGUCCUCGGUCCCUUCGACCCGCGGCCGGUCGCUGUCAAGGAGGAGCCACGAGGGGGCGAGGCCGGUCGCGCAGGCGGGCGCCACCCCUACAGCCCCAUGCACUUCUCGCCAGCCCACUGCGCCCAAGUGGCCCUCACUCAGCCUGGCAUGCGGGCUGGACAAGCGCUGAGAGUCCUCAAGGGCCCCCCUUGCAGCCCGUCCCCGCCCUGCACCCCCAAGGGGAAGAAAUCAGUCAACAAAGACAGCCUGGAGUACCGGCUACGCCGCGAGCGCAACAACAUCGCCGUGCGCAAGAGCCGCGACAAGGCCAAGCGCCGGGUGCUGGAGACGCAGCAGCGCAUGGUGGAGCUCCUGGGCGAGAACGAGAGGCUGCGCAGCCGGGUGGAGCAGCUGGUGCAGGAGACAGAGACCCUCCGUGACAUUUUCCGCCAGAUGCCGGAGGCGGCCGGCCUUAUCAAAGGGCUCGGGGGCUGUAGCUGA